AUGGACACCUCGAGCUGCUCCUCCUGGUCGCUGUCAGAGGACCGGCCCGUGGUUGCACUGUGGGGCUGCGAGCUGGGCACGGGCGCCCGGAGCUACGUGGUGCAGGAGGAGGACGACGUCUUGGAGCACCUGGUGCUGCUGAAGACGAUCUCCCUGGGGGCGGACACCGGGGACGAGCUGCACGUGGUGACUGCGGAUUCCAAAAAGACCUCGGCCGAGCGCAGGCCGGUGCCCAUCGCGGUGCUGCGGAGCUCCCGGCUCCUCACGGUCAGCCUCGUAGAACUGGAGUUCAUCCCUCCUGUCACCUUCGAGCUCCAGUGUGGAGCUGGGCCAGUCUAUCUCAGCGGGCAGUACAUCACCUGUGAGUGUCACCCAACCGAGGGCUCGGGGUGGGAAGAUGAUGUCGAGGAAGAGCUCUCGGAGGAAGACGUGGCUGAUGAGGACGAUGAGGGUGCUUUUUAGGACUGGGGCAGCUUGGAGAAGACUUUGGCUCUGGAGUGGAGCUGGUGUGGUGGUGGGGGCAACCUGUGCUGGGAGCUGCCGGUGCCCCGCAGAGGGACACAAACUGUCCGGGCUUUCAGUGU